AUGCACAUACUUCCGGUGUCGUUCGCUCUGUUCACCUACACCGGCUAUUGGCGACCGGUGUAUUGGCCGGUGAACUCGAUCAAGUAUUGGAUGUACAACGUGUACACCAGCUUCAUGUUCACGCUGCUGCAGUCGUUCGUGGUCUACGGGCUGGUGGACACCCUCCUGUCGGACAGCCUGCAGGAAUUCGUGGACAAGUUAUACCUGUUCCUCUCAGUUUUCGGCGUCUCCAUCAAGCUCGUGCACCUCUUUAUACGACGCCGGCAAAUUAUCGGUCUGGGCGAGAUGCUGCUGAAGGAGAACUGCAUACCCCGGGACGCUGACGAAGCGUCGAUCCAGAAGAAAUUCGAUCGAAACGCGAGACAGGUCGCGAUCGGUUGCGAGAUCCUGAACGAGUUUUGCGCAUUUAUGGCGACCUUCGCGCAGUUCUAUCCGUUCCUGAAGACGCGCACAUUGCCGGUAUACAAUUGGGCGCCCUUUGAUCUCUCGUCUUUGGCCGCCUUCGUAUCCAUGCUGAUCUAUCAGUCAGUGGCUUUAUGUCUGUGCGCCAAUUCCAGCGUCGCACACGAGACCCUGAUCGCCGGCAUGAUGAUUCAAAUUUGCGCACAAUUUGAGAUUCUGUGCCAUCGCGCUCAUAUAUUACCGACGUUGCUGAUGGGAGCUGAGAAGAAAAGCGUGUCGGAACAGGAUCUAAGAGCACGUGAAAGACUGAUUAUUCGCGAUUUAAUACAGCAUCAUCUGUACGUGUACAAAUUUGCAUACACAGUUAAUGCUGUCUUCACGUUGAUGUUGUUCAUUCAGUUCUCCUUGAGCUCAUUUGUUCUCUGCAUGAGCGUUUAUAAGGUAUCCCACAUGGAAUCGCUACUCACGUUUCAUUUCGCGUAUACUUUUUCUUACCUGGCUUCGAUGCUGAUACAGUUAUUUCUUUAUUGCUGGUACGGGAACGAGGUGACGCUGAAGAGCGCCGAAGUUCGCAAUGCUGUUUACGAAAUGAACUGGACAACGUUGCGAGUCCGAGUAAUGAAGGAUCUCACAAUAAUAAUGAUGCGCGCCUCUAAACCCUUCAGGAUGUCAAGCGGUCAUAUGGUGACUUUAACCACCGACUCCUUUACGAGCGUCAGUAUACUCGAAAUUAUACUGAGUCGAGGAUGA